AUGGCCGUCAACUUUGAUAUCGUGAACUGGGUGGUGGCAUGCAAUCAGUCAAUUGUUAGAGUUAACGUUGGGAGAGUAGAGAGACAAUCGUCUGCAGAGAUCAAGUUCACCAUCGAUCAGGAUGCCAUUGUGUGGCCCACAUGGUUUAAUGAGAUCCUGCCUCGUUCUAGGUGCACCGAGAGCUGUCCACCUGGAUACGCCAAGGCGAUUAAGGAAGGAGAACCUCUCUGCUGCUAUGAUUGUGUAACAUGUGCGGAAGGGACCAUCUCCACUUCAGAAGAAGAUCAGCAUCCAAACCAGAUCCGAGACCAAUGUGUUCCCAAGCAUAUAACCUUCCUGUCCUAUGAAGAACCUUUGGGGAUCAUCCUAAAUGUUGUUACUCUUUUCUUCACACUAAUUACAAGUUUUGUUUUGGGAAUCUUCAUUAACUACUUAAAGACUCCCAUUGUCAAAGCCAACAAUCGGGACCUCACCUACGUUCUCCUCAUUUCCCUCCAGCUUUCAUUUCUCUCCUCUUUUCUCUUCAUUGGUCAGCCCCAGAAGGUGACCUGCCUUCUCCGACAAACUGCCUUCAGCAUCAUCUUCUCCGUCGCUGUCUCUUCGGUGUUGGCCAAGACUGUCACUGUGGUGGUGGCCUUCAUGGCCUCAAAGCCAAGUAGCAGGAUGAGGAAAUGGGCGGGGAAGAGCUUUGCAAACUCCAUUGUCUUUUCCUGUUCCGGUAUUCAAGUGGGCAUCUGCAUUCUCUGGCUGGCCAUCUCUCCCCCCUUCCCAGAGGCUGACAUGCACUCCCAGCAUGGACAGAUCAUCCUGCAAUGUAACGAAGGUUCUGUCGCCAUGUUUUAUGCUGCCCUUGGCUACAUGGGCUUCCUGGCCGCAGUCUCCUUCACGGUGGCUUUCCUAGCCAGGAAGCUGCCUGGGGCCUUCAAUGAAGCCAAGCUGAUCCAUCUCGACUGGAUCUCUCCCCGCACCUUCUGCCAUCAGAACUUCCCUAGGAGGCUCCUCAUUGGCUGA